GCCGGGACUCUGCUGCAGGGCCUCACAGACCUGCUACAGAGAUGGGAAGCCAUGGAGGCCAGGCUGAACGCCACAGAGACACAGCUACAGGACCUGAAGAGGCAGAACACGGCCUUGGAGGCCAGGUUAAACACCACUGAGCGUCUGCUGGAGGAGCUGAAGAGUAAAAACCGCUCCUCGGUGGCCUUCUCAGCCUCCCUGGUGCAGUCUGGGGAGACAUUCAGAGGACCCUUCAGCUCUGACACCACGCUGGUCUACAAAAACGUUUUCACAAACAUUGGCAAGGCCUACUGCCCAAACACAGGAGUGUUUACUGCGCCUCUGAGAGGAGUGUACUACUUCAGCUUCUCCACGUUCGGUUACGGUUCGCGGCUCUCCGGCGCCGUCCUGGUGAAGAACGGCCGGCGAGUGGUGUCUUCCUACGACCACAAAUCCUCGGACAGCAGCGAUGGGGGCGGGAACGCCGCAGUGCUGCACCUGGAGGCGGGAGAGCAGGUGUACAUGCACCUGUGGGCCGACGCCCAGGUCUUUGACAAUCUGAACGGCCACACAACCUUCAGUGGCUUCCUGCUCUUCCCUGGGUGAGCAGAGAGUCAGAGCUGUGCAGUAAUGAGGGCUUAAUCUGCCAUUCCUGGCAGAAGUGCUACUGAUCAAUAUAUAAUUACCUCCACUUAAAAAGAG